GGCAUUCGAAAGUCGCUUGGCUGAUAGUGUUUCCUCUUCCUCCUCCUCCCUCGCCGGCGGUUCGCUCGGGGCUCUGCCGGGCCGCGGCGCCGCUUCUCGGGACAGGGGCGAGCCUUGGCCGGUAAGGGCUUGCGGAAGGGGAAUACGAGUGCUCGCCCUGCUCGGGGUCGCUCUCUUCAGCGAUGGCAGCGUGGGAGGCCGCCGAAAUGUCCUUCGGUCUSAGGGGCGUGAGAGAGCGGAUGCGGGAGAAGAAAAAGGGUGCCYUGAGGACUGCGAAGUUGAAUGCCUCGCUUGCGUCAAAAAUCAAAACAAAAAUCAUCAACAACUCCUCCAUUAUGAAAGUCUCCCUAAAGCAGAACAAUAAAGCAUUGGCUCUGGCCCUCAAUGCAGAGAAAGCCAAUGCACAGCGGCUCACCCAGGAGAAGACCAUCUUACAGAAGGAGGUGAAGCAGUGCCACUUCCAGAACGCGGUGCUGCGGCACAGGCUCUCCUUCCUGAAUAAUAUGUUGAAAAAAAUGGACAAUCUUAUGGCUGCAGUUAAGAUGGCAGAGCUGUCUGAGUUGCAUACAAAUUCUGCAUCCUUGUUCAGUGGCCAGAAGAGCAACAUGACUGAAGAUAGCUGGGCUGAUGAUAUUUCAGAUGGUCAGGUUCUGAGGGUUACACGGUUACCAAUGAGAGUGCCCAUUUCCAAGCUGUGUAACGCAGGGCAGGAAGCUGGCAGCUCCACAGCAGUACAGACAUCCUCAGAAGAACUUCAAAGACCUGCUUCUAAUGAGCCCUUGGAAGUUKUGCCUGUUGCCUCCAAAGAUACAUUGCCUCCACAGCAUGCUGAGAAGCCUCAUUUCCACCAGGAAGAGGAUGGCAAGAAGUUGACCGAAGCAAUGGAAACAGAGGAAGCUUUUCAUGAAUCUCACAUCUUUGGAGAUGUCUUGUGCACCACCGAACAAAAUCCCAACAAUUUGCCAGUGCUUGGCUKGGAAAGUCAUACUCUUUCCUAUGAGUCUGAUGAGAUGGUAAAACAUUUCUUUGACCGUCUGUCACAAGGGCAUGUUACUCAGAGGAGAAAGCGCUCCACCCUGUUUGCUACAAGCACUCCAUCUUCUGCUCCAGAUAUGUUCCCACAUAUCGGUUCCACUCAGGCAGCUUGGGGUAAUCCWGCACAGGACAACAGCAGCUCCAGCAAGAACAACACACAGCAACAGCUGAGAUUUCCCAACCCUCUGGCUUCACCUGCUGAAGCCACUGUUAUUUSCCAUAGAAAUUCGGGGGGUGAAGAGACUUUCUGUGACCAGCCACAGGCAAAAGAAACAGGGUGUGAUAUUGAAAUGGACCCCAGCUACAGGCAAGUCUCUGAGUUUGUUCCUGUAAAGGUUAAAAGCAAAGUUAACUGUAAAACUGGAGAYAAAAAGACUGUUAAAAAAGCAAGAACAGGAAAAAAGAAAACAACUGCAAUUAAAAACUAUGCAGAAAGUAGUCCUKAUAGAUCUCAAAGUGAAAAGUGUGAUCAAAAUGCAAAGAAGCUUCCUCAGCCAGCGGUUGCAACAUGUUCUAGUGAGUCUGAAGUCUGUGAGAUGGGGCAGAAGGCUUGUUUGGGGGCUUGUGACAGGAAGAAUAGAGASUGUGGUGUGGAAUACCAUUCCCCCUCUCCUGAAGCCCAAGACUUUGGAAGUACAUAUGUGAUGAAUCCAGCACAGCUGCACAGUCCYGRAAGUGUUGACUUAACRCAACAGGUUGAGAAGGGACCUAUCUUUGAGAUCCAAAGUAUGGAGAGCUUGCUAAAAGCUCCAGUUGAUACCUUCUCAAGACAUGAAGUUCCCUCAGGUGAUUCCAGUCUACAAAAUUCUACAAAAUUGUCAAGUGUAAACACAAAGAGCAUCAGACAGAAAGAUAACAGAAAAACUAGAGUAAUUGGAGACAGAGAUGAUUCUCAUGAGGAGUAUCUGCCAAAUAKCAUGAUAAUGCCAGAGGCCAAAGCUAAAGAACAGCCUAAAAGAACACAAACAAUCAGGAAGAAGACUGUCAGGAAAAGCAAUUGUGAUCAGAGAAAUGAAGUUGAUGUUUUUAGGCCCUGUAUAGAUGUUCAGGAGGUAGCUAAAGAGAGCACAAAGGAUUUGCCAGGUAAUCUUAAACACAGCAGGAAAACUUACAUUGUCCAUCCUUUGGAUCUUGCAGGAAACUUGGGUUGUAUCCAGACAGAAUUUGAAGGGGGUGAAAAUGUACCUCCCAGGUGUGUUCCUGGGAGCAAAGCAAGCAAAAUUCCCAGAGCUGCUAAGACCAAUCAAAAGGGUAAUAAAAAACAGACAGGGGAAGAAAAAGGACAAACUGAAGUUGACAACAACAUGAAUGCUUUGAAAAAAAAAGCCUAUUGUGAACCCACGCCUCAAAGGAAGAGAGGYAGCUCUAGACCUCCAGAGACUGAUUCUUUGGCCAGGAAAAGUAAUGGUGCCAAGGUUCUCACUGGAAGUUCCACAGAAUGUGCAUCCAAGCAAACUGUCCUGGUGGGGCCGUUUUCCUCCAUUACACAUCUGCUGUCUGAGGCAGAUGCUUUGCUGGGGGAGCAGCUACCUGAGAUAUCACUUGCAGAUAGUCUCAUGGCCCUUUCACACAGUAUUGAAUCCUCCCCAGUGACCACUUCUGCAGUUUUGCCCGUCAGCUCCAGACUUACAGAAAGACCAGUUUCCAAGARCUUAAGGACAGAGGAAAACAGAAUGCCAGCAAAAUCCCCUGAAUGUUUGAAAAAACCCCUGAUAUUUAAAGAAAAAACUGCRGAGGAAAUACCURGGGAAAGAAASCAAAUUCAGUCAAAUUGUCGGACGKCACCAUCACAGGAACCUGAUAUCAGGCCACUACGGGACUUGAACAAUUCCAGGGUUCUGUCUCACUCCAGUUCGGAGGAGGUAUCGGGGCGCUCAUCCAGGCGGAAUCGGAAGCCAACCAGCUACAAAGAGCCACCAAUCAAUAGGAAACUGAGGCAGGGUGACCCAUUUACAGACACUGAGUUUCUCCACUCUCCUAUCUACAAAAGAAAAAAGAAGCCUGUCAAAGCUGAGGGAAUGACCAAGAAGAUGAAAGAGGACGAAGGAUGGCUUCCUGAAGGAUGUCCCAGUGCUAAGGCAGGCAAUUUUAUAACAACAGAAAGGAGUCAGAAUUAGAACAGUAAUUAAAAGGCAGCCCCCAAGCUCCUAGAAACUUGUGCAUUUAGCCACAAGGCUACAACUUUGAAUGCAGAGGCCUGAGCAAAGAUGGAGGUAGCUUGACCAGGCAGCUGAACUAUUCCAGUUAAGGCAACCCAAGGACCAGUUUGACAAAUGGAGCCUUAUACCAUGGAUUUCUUGUGUUUUGAAAUCUUUGGGACUCACAGGGUGGGAAAAGUGGUUGACAUAAAUUGAUGGAUGUCUGUUUUAAUGAUG